AUGGACGCAUGGUCGGCUGUCAUCACGAAGAUCUCUCCGGACGUCGUCACCGCUAAGGAUUUCUUGACACUCAUCGGUAGCGAGGAAGCGACUGGAGGACUGAGCAUUCGAGCUCGAGACUACAACUACGCACAGCUUGUGGCUGACCCUGAUGACGCGCUAGGCAGCGUACUAGUACGAGCAGCGUCUGGUACGCAGGUGCUUGAUAUCCUCACGGCUCUGCUCUCGGGUGCACCGGCAGGUCUAUUCUGUCCAAACAUGUUCCGUGGCACAGUGGCCGCUUCGUUGAUGGCUCUGGUCGAACAGCGCGAUGAACCUUUGAGUGAUUUCCAGUGGGAAUUGGUAGCCAAGUUGGUGCACUCGAUUCGACUUGUUAUGGGCGGACCGGAGCGUCUUUCAACGAUGCCGGUAGAUCCGGAAGCUGCGGUGGGGAAACUGCUAUUCCGCCUGCUUCGUCGUACCGAAGACAAGUACGACGGUGAAGCUCUACUGGCUGUGCUGAAGGAGUUGCUGGCUACACGUGUACACAAGUUCAUCCGGUAUAAUGAGACCAGAUACCUGACACUGAUAGAGAACAUGGUCGGCUACACGCACGAGAGCGUAGUGGAAGAUGCGUUCGAUCCGCAUGCACUGGACCAGGACGUGUGGAAGUUCGACACCAACAGUGCACAGAGAUUUAUCGUACAGACGCCCUUCUUCCACGCGUUCGAGCGUAGUGCUAACAACCUCAUCCGUUGCGUUACUGUCUCACCGAAGAAGUAUGGAGACGACACACAAACGGUGCCCUCGCUUCAGGAACUGUGGCCGACGUGGGAUGAAGAAGUACCGAAGUUCCUACUACUUCAAAAGCGAUCCGCUCGCUACCGUAUCAUUCGGGAUGCUACUUCGGAUGGAAAGAUCAACUGGGAGUUGAAUAGCACUUUGGACGCAAACCUUGGUAGUGAGACGUACCAGGCUUUGGCGAUGCAGGUGCUGCGUAAGAAGAACGAUGCGUUCUUGCGAGAGCUACGUGAGCGUCGCGCCAAUGAAGCAGCCGAGCAGCGAUGGAGUCGCGCACUCAAGACUGCAAAGGCUUCAUCCAUGGAUGAGUUUCUGGAACAAUUGGUCCUCGUCCGUGACAGUGCCAGUCGGGAGCACAAGUUGCUCUGGAAGGCGUUGAAGCACUUUGAAAGUGGCGAGAAGACGGUCGAGCUUUAUGAGGAGAAGAUGGAAGUACUUAUCACUGGUCGAGUUACGACAAGCACAGGAGAGUAUGACAUUGUAUUCAACCGCGGAAACCUGCACCCGUUCCCCACCAAGCUCGCUCCAAUGUCUGCAGAUUUUCAAGCCAAGCUUCGUGAGCUCCGUAGGAAGUUCAAUUGGCCGCUACAGCACAAGUAUCGAGAGGGCAAGCCCAACCACAAUGGCUACUCAAACGAAAAGCCCUCGGAGUGGGCCAAGAAGCGCUCAAUCGCAGAGAAAACGUUCUGGGAGGAGGAGUAG